AUGAGUGGUUUAGAUCAAAUUUUGUUAGAUGAUAUUGCAGCAAAUUGUCCCCAAGAAUUUUUGAAAUUCCAUCAAUGUUUAAGUAAUCCAAGUAAUCCAUGUUCAACUGAACAAAUCAAUUUAUCAAAAUGUAUAAAAACUCAAGUCCCAUCAUUUCAAAAAAUCCAAGGUAUUUGCGCAGGUAAGUUACAAGCUUAUGAAGCUUGCUUAAAGAUAAAAAAGUCCCAGAAUGGAUGUAAAGAUGAUUUACAAGAGCUUAGAGAUUGUGCCAUGGGUACUUUGAAUUAG